AUGGCUGAGCACGAAAUCGACUACGAGGGUUUGUCGCCGAACGCGGGGCUAGGCGUCAACAUGGCGGCCGGCGCACUGGCUGGCAUCACGGAACACUGCGUCAUGUUCCCUGUCGACAGCAUCAAGACUCGCAUGCAGGUCCUGUCGGCAUCGCCAGCAGCGGUAUACACUGGUCUUGGGAACGCAGUGACGCGGAUUUCGUCAACGGAAGGUCUGCGUGUCCUCUGGCGCGGCGUGUCUUCGGUUAUUCUCGGUGCUGGCCCCGCACACGCCGUACACUUUGGCAUGUACGAGUUUGUAAAGGAGUAUACGGGCGGUAACAAGGAGGACGUCACAAAUCAAUGGAUAUCCACCUCUGUUGCGGGUGCAGCUGCGACAAUAUCGAGCGAUGCACUGAUGAACCCCUUCGACGUCAUCAAGCAGCGUAUGCAGGUGCACCAGUCGGCACACCGAAACAUGUUCGAUUGUGCGCGCUCGGUUCUGCGCAGCGAGGGCGUCGGCGCUUUCUACGUCUCGUACCCCACAACUCUCACGAUGACCGUGCCAUUCACUGCAACACAAUUCACCGUAUACGAGCACGUCAAAUCGGCAUUAAACCCGAGCGGCAUCUACUCGCCCAGCAGUCAUGUUCUGGCCGGUGGUCUUGCUGGCGCUGUUGCUGCGGCCGUGACGACGCCGUUGGACGUUGCCAAGACGUUGCUACAGACCCGUGGGAGCAGCCAGGACCCACAAAUCCGUGCCGCGCGCGGGAUGUUGGACGCUUUUCGCCUGAUCUGGGCGCGCGAAGGUGCGAGGGGCUUUGUACGGGGGUUGACACCCCGGGUCAUCACCCACAUGCCCAGCAAUGCGCUUUGCUGGUUGUCAUAUGAAUUCUUCAAGUCCACGAUUCGCGACGCAUGA